AUGUGGCCGCUUUCUUUAUCGGUCUCCCGACACCGCGCAAAGGAUGAGCAAUAUGCUGGACAUAUUGAUGCGCCUAAGAACUUGGAUCCUCGUCAAAGUACUCUUGUGGAAAAUGCCUACUACCUCUGUAAACCACCUGAAAGAUCAGCUCGAAUUUCUAAAGUUAGUCCACCGUUGCAUCAGUAUAUUCGGAAACUGCUAUUCUCAGAUCUUGAUAAAGAUUCGAUUACGAAUGUACUAAAGCAACUGCGGAAGCUGCCAUGGAGUGAGUGUGAGCAAUACAUCUUAAAGUGCUUUAUGAAGGUUCACAAGGGAAAAUAUGGACAGAUUCACUUAAUUGCUUCACUGACCUCUGGUUUGAGCCGCCAUCAUGAUGAGUUUGCGGUGGCUGUUGUUGAUGAGGUACUGGAGGAAAUAAGGGUUGGAGUUGAGUUGAAUGAAUAUGGGGCACAACAGAAGCGACUCGCCCAUUUGAGAUUCUUAGGGGAGCUGUACAACUACGAGCACGUAGAUUCAUCUGUGAUAUUCGAGACGCUUAAUGUAACUCUUUCAUAUGGUCAUGGUACUUCAGAGCAAGAGGUGCUGGAUCCACCAGAAGAUUUUUUCCGUGUCAGGAUGGUUAUCAUUCUUCUGGAAACCUGUGGGCACUACUUUGAUCGAGGUUCUUCGAAGAAAAGGCUUGAUCAGUUUUUGAUACAUUUCCAGAGAUACAUACUGAGCAAGGGUCCUCUUCCCUUGGAUAUUGAAUUUGACUUGCAGGAUUUAUUUGCCAAUUUGAGACCCAAUAUGACCCGCUAUGCGACUAUUGAUGAGGUCAAUGCAGCUAUACUGCAGCUGGAAGAGCGUGAGCAUGCUUCUUCAGAUACAAAGCCUUUAAGCAGGUCAUCUUCCGGUGUUAUCUCUUCUAACGGUAAAAGUAUUGCAAAAGAUAUUGGAGAGAAUGGUGCAGCUCAUAAAGAAGAAAGCGACAGUGAUUCUGGUAGUGGCUCUGGGGUCCGAGGUGGACAGAACGAAGAGCUGGACGAUGGAAAUCAUGAACGGGGAUCUGGGAGUGACAAUGGAGAUGACUAUGAUGAUGGCGAUGGACCUGGAUCUGAUGAUGAUAAUGAAUUUCGUGUAAGACAGAAGGUAGUAACCGUGGAUCCUGAGGAACAAGCAGCUUUGAUCAAGAGCUGA